UCGGUCGGAAAUCGCCGUAAGGUGAUAAUGGUAACGAGUGCGACCGGCGUGUUUAAACGAUAAUAACUAAUUAUGAAGGGUAACGGGAAUAACGUUAAAUAUGAAAAGAUCCCGCAGCAAUCACUCAAAGAUCCCGAUUCCGUGAAAACGACCAAAAAUCUAUUGAAUUCCGGUGACCAAGAAAUACCAAUGUGGAUCAACACGGUAGAAGCGAGCGCUAUGGGCGCUGAAGAAGUCAGUGCAAGAUUGCGGGUAGAGGUACGACAGGGUUUGAGCUGGCAAGAAGCAAAUUAUAGAAGACAGCUAAUAGGAUAUAACGAAUUCUCAGUAAAAGACGAAGAUCCACCUUGGAAAAAAUAUUUAGAACAAUUCAAAAACCCUUUGAUCCUGCUCCUUUUAGCAUCCGCUGUCGUUUCGAUUUGCAUGCGACAAUUCGACGAUGCCAUCAGUAUUACAGUAGCCAUAGUUAUCGUGGUAACCGUGGCCUUCGUCCAAGAGUACCGCUCGGAGAAAUCUUUAGAAGAACUGACCAAAUUGGUACCGCCGUCAUGUCACUGCCUUCGAGAAGGCACCCCGGAUACGUUUUUGGCGCGGGAAUUGGUUCCCGGGGAUGUCGUUUUGUUGAAUAUUGGGGAUCGGGUUCCCGCGGAUCUUCGCCUCUUCGAAUCGGUUGAUUUAGCCAUUGACGAAAGCAGUUUUACCGGAGAAACGGAACCUGCCCAAAAAAAUACCGCCCCUAUUUUGAGACCUAAUGGCUCGCAAUCGUCCAAAAUUAAUAUUGCGUUUAUGGGGACACUCGUAAGAUGUGGAAGUGGAAAGGGUAUAGUAGUAAGUACUGGAGUUAAUAGUGAAUUCGGAUCAGUAUUUAAAAUGAUGUUGGAAGAAGAGGCGCCAAAAACUCCAUUACAAAAGUCAAUGGAUAGCCUCGGAGCUCAACUAUCAAUAUACUCAUUUGGAAUUAUAGGAUUAAUUAUGUUAGUUGGCUGGUUACAAGGGAAGCAAACUCUUGAAAUGUUUACAAUAGGCGUUAGUUUAGCUGUAGCUGCAAUUCCUGAAGGUUUACCGAUUGUUGUAACAGUAACGUUGGCCCUAGGUGUCAUGAGAAUGGCAAAACGUAACUCCAUCGUUAAAAAACUACCAACAGUCGAAACGUUAGGUUGCGUAAACGUAAUAUGUUCCGAUAAAACCGGGACCAUAACGCGAAACGAGAUGACAGUAACCGUUCUUGUAACUUCCGAUAAUUACUUAGCGGAAGUUACAGGGGCUGGAUACAACGAUCACGGACAAGUGAUUUUACAUAAAUGCGAACAUCCCGAAUACGCAAGAGAUAGUGUUAGUAAAGUGUUCGAGGUGGGAGCUGUGUGUAAUAAUGCGAUGAUAAACAAUGAGACUUUACUGGGUCAACCGACUGAAGGUGCUCUUUUGGCCGCCGCUAUGAAACACGGAAUGUAUAACGUACAAGACCGUUACAUUCGAUUACAAGAGUACCCGUUCUCGUCCGAGCAGAAAAUGAUGGUCGUUAAAUGCGUGCCGAAAUACGAUAACGAUAAACGCGAAAUUUUUUUCGUUAAAGGCGCUUUAGAAAAGGUAUUACCGAAAUGUACGCAAUUUUCUUACAAUGGAACCGUACAGAAACUAACAACAAAAAAAGAACAGGAAUAUAUGGUGGAAGCCCACGAAAUCGGAAGGAAAGGUUUAAGGGUUAUUGCUUUAGCGAAAGGAACGAAUUUGCAAGAGUUGGUUUAUGUGGGUUUAGUGGGAAUUUGUGACCCACCAAGGCAAUACGUAAGGGAAUCAAUAACGACGUUAUUACAUUCUGGGGUUCAAGUUAAAAUGGUUACAGGUGAUGCUGUUGAUACGGCGGUUGCAAUUGCUCAAAUGAUUGGAUUAGACACCUUACACUCUCAAGUACUUUCGGGAGAACAAUUAGAUAGUUUUACAGAAGCAGAAUUAGACGCAGCCGUUCCACACGCAACCGUUUUUUAUAGGGUUACCCCAAAAAAUAAAUUAUCAAUCGUGAAAUCACUUCAAAGGACGGGACACAUCGUCGGAAUGACUGGUGAUGGGGUUAACGAUGGCGUUGCACUUAAAAAAGCCGAUAUUGGCAUUGCAAUGGGGAGGAAUGGUACGGAUGUUUGCAAAGAAGCGGCUGAUAUGAUCUUGGUGGACGAUGAUUUCCACACAAUAAUUUCUGCUAUUGAAGAAGGGAAAAGCAUAUUUUAUAAUAUAAGGAAUUUCGUGAGAUUUCAAUUGUCGACGUCUAUUGCGGCGUUAUCUUUGAUUGCUUUAGCGACGUUAAUUGGUAUUCCAAAUCCGUUAAAUGCUAUGCAGAUAUUAUGGAUAAACAUAAUAAUGGAUGGACCUCCAGCUCAAAGUUUAGGUGUAGAACCGGUCGAAAAAGAUGUGAUACGACAAAAACCGAGAAACACCAAGGAACCAAUGAUUACAAAAUCACUCAUAGCGAACGUUUUAAUUUCCGCUGUGGUUAUUAUAUCAGGAACAUUAUGGGUAUUCAAAAAAGAGCUAAGUUCUGAAGGAAUCACAGCUCGCGAUACAACAAUGACAUUCACAUGUUUCGUCUUUUUCGACAUGUGGAACGCCCUUUCGUGCAGAUCCCAAACGAAAAGUGUUUUUUCGAUCGGUCUUUUCACCAAUAAAAUGUUCCUGGUGGCUGUCACUCUUUCGGUUAUCGGCCAACUCUUGGUUGUUUAUUUUCCUCCUUUACAAAGCGUGUUUCAAACGGAAGCUUUAACAGUUUGGGAUAUGAUAUUUUUAACGUUAUUAACGUCGUCAGUUUGGGUUAUAUCGGAAAUAAAAAAGCUGUGUGAACGAUUAUUGGAGCAACGUGGAAAAGGUAAACGUACGCCGUUGGAAUACGUAUGACAUCAAAGGGGGCCAGGGGCUGACUCCCAUCGCGAUUAGCUGCUCUCCAAAAUCUCGCCCCCAAAUCAAUGAUAUUAAGGCCCCCUUAGAAUGUGCAAAUGAAAUCGAAUAAACACAUAUUACAUAAUACACAGAAACAUUUCCAAUUUAUUUCAUUUUUUUUGUAAGUUUAAAAAAACGAUUUUUAUGUGUUGUUUAUUUAAUAAGUGUAUUGCAAAAAUAACUUUUUAUAUUAUGCUAAUUAUUAUAAACUAAGAUUUGAAUGUUGUGAAUUUUUAGCGGUAACAAAGCGUUUUGCACAUUUUAAGUUUUUAAAAUUUAAUCCCUAACAAAACAAGCAGCUAAGUAAUCGAUGAAAGAGCAUUUGGCCUUUUUUUUAUUUCAUUCAUUGAUUAUGUUAAUCUCAGGCAAAUAACGAUUAUUUAUUCCGAUUUUUCUCCACUUAAAAAGUGAUUUCUUUUUUUUCUAACUUAUUAUUGUGUUGUCCUUUUUAGUCAAUUGUACAUUGAAACAAAAAAAUCAAAUAUACAAUGUUAUUAAAUGUUUUUUUUUGG